AUGAUGCACAACAUUCCCUACGAGCCCGAGUUCGAGCAGGCCUACAAGGAGCUUGCCUCGACUUUGGAAAACUCCACUCUUUUCCAGAAGAAGCCUGAGUACCGCAAGGCCCUGCAGGUCGUUUCGGUUCCUGAGCGUGUUGUUCAGUUCCGUGUCGUCUGGGAAGAUGACAAGGGUCAGGUCCAAAUCAACCGUGGUUACCGUGUCCAGUUCAACUCCGCCCUCGGCCCCUACAAGGGUGGUCUCCGUUUCCACCCCUCGGUCAACCUGUCCAUCCUGAAGUUCCUCGGCUUCGAGCAGAUCUUCAAGAAUGCCCUGACCGGCCUCAGCAUGGGCGGUGGCAAGGGUGGUUCCGACUUCGACCCCAAGGGCAAGACCGACAGCGAGAUCCGCCGCUUCUGUGUCUCGUUCAUGAGCGAGCUCUGCAAGCACAUCGGCGCCGACACUGACGUCCCCGCCGGUGACAUCGGUGUGACCGGCCGUGAGGUCGGCUACAUGUUCGGCCAGUACAAGAAGAUUCGCAACGAGUGGAGCGGUAUCCUCACCGGCAAGGGCGGCAGCUGGGGUGGUAGCUUGAUCCGCCCCGAGGCCACCGGCUACGGUGUGGUUUACUACGUCGAGCACAUGAUCAAGCACGCCUCGGGCGGCAAGGAGUCGUUCGCCGGCAAGCGCGUGGCCAUCUCAGGCUCCGGUAACGUCGCCCAGUACGCGGCGCUCAAGGUCAUCGAGCUGGGCGGCUCGGUCAUCUCGCUGUCCGACAGCCAGGGCUCGCUGGUGCUGGCCGGCGAGGACGGCAGCUUCACGCCCGAGGAGAUCAACACCAUCGCCGCCAUCAAGGUCGACCGCAAGCAGAUCGCCGAGCUGGCCACCCAGGCCCCCUUCAGCUCCAAGUUCAAGUACAUUGCCGGCGCCCGCCCCUGGACCAACAUCGCCGGCCGCAUCGACGUCGCCCUCCCCUCCGCUACCCAGAACGAGGUCUCCGGUGAUGAGGCCAAGGCCCUGAUCGCUGCCGGCUGCAAGUUCAUCGCCGAGGGCUCCAACAUGGGCAGCACCCAGGAGGCCAUCGACGUCUUCGAGGCCCACCGUGAGGCUAACCAGGGCGCCGCCGCUAUCUGGUACGCCCCCGGCAAGGCCGCCAAUGCCGGUGGUGUCGCCGUCUCCGGUCUCGAGAUGGCCCAGAACUCUGCCCGUGUCAACUGGACCACCGAGGAAGUCGACAGCCGCCUCAAGGGUAUCAUGGAGGACUGCUUCAACAACGGUCUGGCUACCGCCAAGGAGUACGUCACUCCCGGUAACGGUGUCCUGCCCUCCCUGGUCGCCGGUAGCAACAUUGCCGGUUUCACCAAGGUCGUCGAGGCCAUGAAGGACCACGGUGACUGGUGGUAA